GCAGCUCCGGCCCCGCGCACGCCGCCCUCCGCAUCCGUUGAUCCUCGACCCCUCUCCGCGCGAUCGCAGGGAUCCGGGGCGACCGAGUUCGGGUUCCGGGAGGCCGGAGGGAGCCAGGGAGCCGGGGUGGGCCGGAGCUUGCCUCGGAGGGUCGCGGAGCCGGGCCCCGCGCGCCCAUGGCCUCGCCCUUCCCGCCCGCCGGGGCCGGCCCGGGCGACAGCGGCGGGGAGCUGAGCUCGGGGGACGAGUCUGGGGACGCCGAGGUCGGGGCGUCCCGGGGUCUGGCCGAGCUGUUCGAGCAGGCGGCGGCGCACCUGCAGGGCCUGGUGCAGGUGGCGAGCCGGGAGCAGCUCCUGUACCUGUACGCCAGGUACAAGCAGGUCAAAGUUGGAAAUUGUAAUACUCCUAAACCAGGCUUCUUCGAUUUUGAAGGCAAACAGAAAUGGGAGGCCUGGAAGGCCCUGGGCGACACGUGUCCCGACCAGGCCAUGCGCGAGUACGUCGCCGUCGUGAGGAAGCUCGACCCGGCCUGGGACCCGCAGUCGCCAGAGAAGAAAAGAAAAGAGGCAAGAACAGGUUUUGGCGGGCCUGUCAUCAGUUCUCUGUAUCAUGAAGAAAUCAUCAGGGAAGAAGACAAGAAUAUAUUCGAUUACUGCAGGGAAAACAACAUUGAUCGCGUGAGCAAGGCCAUCAAGUCCAAGAGCGUGGACGUGAAUGUGAAGGACGAAGAGGGCCGAACCCUGCUCCACUGGGCCUGUGACCGGGGCCACAAGGAGCUGGUCACCAUCCUGUUACAGCACAGAGCGGAUAUCCACUGUCAGGAUAACGAAGGCCAGACGGUACUACACUACGCUGCGGCCUGCGAGUUCCAGGACAUCGUGGAGCUGUUGCUGCGCGCGGGCGCGGACCCGGCGCGGCGGGACCAGGACGGCUGCCUCCCGGCCGACGUCACGGGCUGCCACGCCCUGCGCGCGCUGCUGCAGACGCACGCGGCGCCCAGCUCGGCGUGACGUCACGGGACACGGCGUGACGUCACGCGCCCCAGUGACGU